AUGUGGAGGCUCAAGGUUGGAGAGGGAAGCACGGCGGCGGGGCUGCGCUCUGUGAACGGCUUCGUGGGCAGGGCAGUGUGGGAGUUUGACCCCGAAGCCGGUACACCGGCGGAGCGUGCCCACGUGGAGAGGCUGCGCCGCGAGUUCACCGAACGCCGCUUCCAGAAGAGGGAGGCGGAGGACCUCCUUAUGAGGUUGCAGUUUGCAAAACAAAACCGCCCUCAGCCGGACCUUCGAGCCUCUAAGCUUGUAGACAGUGAUGAGGUCACAGAAGAGACUAUAUUGGCAUCAUUGAGGCGAGCGCUUGCUCAACAUUCUUCUCUGCAAGCACAUGAUGGACACUGGCCUUGUGAUUUCAGUGGAAUUUCGUUCAAUAUUCCUAUCUUGAUAUUUUCUCUAUAUGUCACUGAAUCACUCAAUGCCGUCCUGUCGUCAGAACAUAGGCGUGAGAUAUGUCGUUAUAUCUACAACCAUCAGAAUGAAGAUGGUGGAUGGAGCUCAUACGUGAUAGGAGAAAGCACCAUGUUUGGAUCGUGCUUAAACUAUGUCACCCUAAGGCUUCUUGGUGAGGACAAGAAAAAUGAUGCAUUGACCAAAGGAGUUGCUUGGAUCACAUCUCACGGGACCGCAGCUGCAAUGCCACAGUGGGGAAAGAUAUGGCUCUCGGUGAUCGGCUUGUAUGAUUGGUCUGGAAAUAAUCCGAUAAUUCCAGAAUUAUGGCUUGUACCACAGUUUCUUCCAAUCCAUCCAGGACGAUUCUGGUGUUUUUGCCGAAUGGUUUAUAUGCCAAUGUCAUAUCUGUAUGGUAAAAAGUUUGUUGGGAAAAUUACGCCAACAAUAUUAGCAAUAAGAGAUGAAAUCUAUACUGCACCAUAUAAGGAGAUUAAUUGGAAAAUGGCUCGCAAUAUGUGUGCUAAGGAGGACCUUCGUUAUCCACGGUCAUUUAUACAAAAUAUUGUUUGGACCUGUCUCAAUAAAGUCGUGGAGCCAGUUUUGAAUGUUUGGCCAGUUAAUAAAUUAAGAGGUGCAGCAUUAGAAACCCUCAUGAAACAUAUUCGUUAUGAAGAUGAAAGCACUAAUUAUAUCAAUUUAUGCCCAAUUAUCAAGGGACUCAAUAUGAUUUGUUGUUGGGUAGAUAAUCCAAAUUCAGAUGCAUUUAAGUUACAUCUGCCAAGGAUAUAUGAUUUUUUAUGGGUUGCGGAAGAUGGCAUGACGGCACAGGUAUAUGAUGGUUCUCAAACCUGGCAAACUUCUUUUAUUGUCCAAGCCUAUUGUUCUACAGACCUUGUUAAUGAGUUUCAUGAGACACUUCGAAAAGCCCAUGAGUUCAUAAAAAAAUCACAGGUUCUUGAAAAUCAUCCUGAGAGUGGAGAUUAUUACCGCCAUAGAUCCAAGGGUUCGUGGACACUUUCAACAGCAGAUAACGGGUGGUCUGUAUCAGACUGUACUGCAGAAGCUCUUAAGGCACUAUUCCUGCUAUCUAAGAUCUCUCCUGAUCUUGUUGGAGAUCCCAUAGAAGGGGAAAGAUUGUACGAUGCAUUGGAUUGCUUGCUAUCUUUUAUGAAUAAAGAUGGCACCUUUUCUACAUACGAAUGUAAGAGAACUACACCUUUGCUUGAGGUUCUAAACCCUUCGGAGAGUUUUCUUAACAUUGUUGUUGACUAUCCAUCUGUCGAAUGCACAUCGUCAGUACUUCAAGCUCUUAUUAUGAUUAGAGAACUUUAUCCAGUGUAUCGCAGUGGAGAAAUAGAAAAAUGUAUUAAAAGUGCUUCCAAAUUUAUUGAGCGGGAACAACGGAAGGAUGGAUCAUGGUUUGGCACUUGGGGUAUAUGCUUCACUUAUGGGACAUUUUUUGCCAUAAAAGGAUUAGUUUCUGCCGGGCGAACAUAUGAAAACAGCUCUUCCAUUAGGAAAGCAUGCAACUUUCUAUUGUCAAACCAGCUAAGUACGGGCGGAUGGGGUGAAAGUUAUCUUUCUAAUGAAACUUGGGUUUACGUGAACGCUAAUCGUCCUCAUGCAGUGAACACAGCUUGGGCAAUGUUGGCUUUGAUAUAUGCUGGGCAAGCUGAACGAGACCUGACACCACUGUAUGAUGCCGCAAAAGAAUUGAUAAAUAUGCAACUGGAAUCUGGCGAGUUUCCCCAACAAGAACAUGUUGGAUGCUUCAACAGUUCCUUCUGCUACAAUUAUGGAAACUACCGCAACUUAUUCCCCAUAUGGGCUCUUGGAGAGUUUCGCCGCCGAUUGGUUGCCAGAAAGAUCUGA